UCAAAGUGACGCAGCGCGAAGUGUCAAACAAAGCGAAAAAUUUAGAAAAAUGUCUUUAGUGCCGUAUUGGUUGCGCCAUCUCCGGAACUUGGCGUACCGGGACCCCGUCGCCAGGAUGCUGGAAGAUCCAUUCACCGUAUUCUCCAAGGACCCAUUUUUCCGCGACCCAAUGAAGUACAUUCGCCAAGUGACGCCGGCUUUGGAGGACCACCACGGAAUCGACGGCAUUUACUCCGAUCACGAGGUGAAAGUGGACGGGAAGAAGGUGGAGGUACACUUGGACGUUCAGAACUUCACACCUGAUCAGAUUCAAGUAAAAACCGUGGGAAAUGAGAUUAUGGUUGAAGGCAAAAAGGAGGUUAAGCGUGAGGAUGGUUGGAUAAGGAGUAACUUUGAGAGGCGGUUUCUUUUACCCGAGGGGUUCCCUCCUGAGCGUGUGGAGUGCCACCUGGAUAAGGGCAAGUUGAAAUUGGUCGCGUUCAGAGCGGAGCCCAUUGCGGAGAGAACCAUACCGAUCCAGGACAAGUCGUCCUCAGAAGGCGGCAAAUCUUCGUAAACAUUGGGAAUAGAUCUAGAGUCUCCUAAUUUUUUGUAUUCUGUGAUUUUUUUUCCAAAAUUUUGACUGAUUAGUUGUUAUGUUAUUAGUGUUAUAAAUAAAUAAUUCUUUCGGUAAUUA